AUGCCAGCUGGACAGAUCCAGGUAACAAGCCCCAAACUCCACCAUAGCCUUUACUACCUUACAGACAGCUCAGACCCUGAACAGGAGGGAGAGGAAGCAGAUAGUCCACAAUGUCUUACCCCGCUGCAGAAGCUCACGAUGGACAUGCACAAGGAUGACAGAAUCAUCAAGGAACUUGUCAUCGGCCGCAGGGUCGGCUUCUACAAAGUUAGAGGAGAGAUUGGCCAUGGGACCUUCUCUAGAGUCAAACUGGCUUUUCAUGCUCUCACAAAAGACAAAGUGGCCCUUAAGAUCCUGGACAAGACAAGAUUUGACAAUCAGGCCCAGCGGCUUCUCUCCAGAGAAGUCAGCAACAUGAACUCCAUCCAGCACCCGAAUGUGAUCCGUCUCUAUGAAGUGGUGGAGACGCCAAGCCGCCUCUACCUGGUGCUGGAGUAUGCUGGUGGGGGAGACCUUCACAACAUAAUUUGCAAUGAGGGAAAACUGGCAGACAACACCAGCAAGAUUACAUUCUCGCAGAUCCUCUCUGCUAUUAAAUUCAUGCACAAUAAUAACAUCAUCCACCGAGACCUGAAGGCAGAGAAUGUUCUGUUCACCGCCAGCGCCUGUGUCAAAGUGGCAGACUUUGGAUUCAGCAAGCAGAUUUCCAACCGCAAUGAUACACUCGACACCUUCUGCGGCUCACCUCCGUAUGCCGCCCCGGAGCUCUUCAAGGACGAGUGCUACCUGGGCCCUCCUGUGGACGUGUGGGCAAUGGGGGUGCUCCUUUUCUUCAUGGUGACGGGCACCAUGCCCUUCCGUGCUGACACAAUGGGCAAGCUGAGGCGCUGCGUCAUCCAGGGCACCUACAGCAUCCCGCCUUGGGUUCCUGGUCCCUGUCAGAGGCUCAUCAGGGGCAUCCUAAAAGCAGAUCCCAUUGAGCGUUAUGCUGUUGACCAGAUGCUGGGUUGUGAUUGGCUUUUACCUGUGGAAUUCCCCUGGUCGUUGGCAUCUCCUGAACCAGCGAGCCCGCUGCAAGGACUCUUGGAUUCCAAAAGUAGAGACUUUGUGAAGGAGGAGGAGAUGGGGGAGGUCAGGUACUCCCUGGAGAAGCUCGGCUUUACCUCGGCACACCUACGGAACAAUCAGCUGAAUGACAGUCGCAGCCCCGUUACAGGCGUCUACCGAAUCCUGCAGCACCAAGCGCAAAGAAGGAGGGGGUGCGACAGCCUGCCAGUGGUACGAGGGAUGGUGUGGGACCCCAAGCGGGAGGGACUUCGAGCGUAUCGGGGCCUCAGGCACACCUCCAAGCUCUGUGUGAUUUCUUAAUAUGAAGGUCUGCUCAAACUGGUGAUUUUACUUACACAGGUUUUGUGUUUUUAUUGAUUUCAAUAUUUUUUCCAUUUAUUUAAUUACCUUGACAACCAAUCAGUGGAGCACAUUAAGAAAGCAACUAAUCAGUUUUGAGGA